CCCCCCGCCCUGCGAGGGGCGAACCCGCGCUCCCGCACCGCCCCCGGCGGGACCGUCCGUGCGGGGGGCGCGGAGCCGCCGUUGCCCGGCAGCGGCAGCCGCGGUUCCCCGGCCGUGCCGCGAUGAGAGCCACCGACUGGUGCCGGAGCUCGGCCGGGGCCGCGCUCGUUCUGGCCACCUCCAGCGACGCCGAGCACCCCGCCGAGAGCGUGGCGGACGGGAAUUCUGAAACAUUUUGGACGACGACAGGCAUGUUCCCACAGGAAUUCAUUAUUGGUUUUCCCAAAUGUGUGAAAAUCAGCAAAGUCGCAAUCCAGUGUUAUUUGGUGCGGACCUUAAGGAUUGAAAGAAGUGUAUCUAAGGACCCUGUGGGUUUUGAACAGUGCAUUGAAAAAGAUUUGCAACACACAGAAGGACAGCUCCAAAUGGAAGAAUUUCCACUUCCUGAAUUCCAGGCCACUUACUUGCGUUUCAUCAUCAAAUCUGCCUUUGAUCAUUUUGUGUCAGUGCACCGGGUGAUGGCAGAGGGCACAGCAGAAAAUGCUUAAGUCCAGCUUAAAUUUGGACCUCCAUUCUUUUGUACUGAAGUGACAUCUUGAUAGCUGUAUUGCAGAGAAUGUUUAUUAUUAGAACCUUGUAUUAAAGUGGUUUUUUUGAAGCUUUUCCAGGAUGGCACGUAUUUCCUGGGGGUGGUAAUUCCAAGGCCCAAAUCCUCCCUGCAAAGGCAAUAAAAUGGCACAGUGAUAUUCAAGCAGACAGAGCAGAAGUCCUUUGGAGCACAGCAGCUGCACCAGAACUGUGGGCAGGUGUGCUUGGCCUCCCUUUGCACUGCAGCCAUUGCUGGGAGAUGGUGUAUGCACAGGUUGCACCCUGCUGUGUCACUGGGACGGUGCCAAUGUCUGCAUCCUGGAGCUGGAAAGUGUUCCUGGAUCUCACAGCUUAGAUGUACCUAGGGUUACUAGUGAGCCAAAAGAUAAAUAUUUGAGCAAGACUGAGGUGUACAUCAAAUAUGUACAUUUUAAAGGCCCAGGCUGGUUUUGUUGGAUCUUUAUUUCUCUCCAUAGUUACAGCGAAUCGUGAAAUUUUUAGCUCUCAAACUGAAUUAAAUAAAUGUAAGGCGGUCUCAAAUUAUUUUGGAAUUUAAAAA